CUCUCUUAAAGUCUUAACAACUGCAAUGAGCCGAUGUCCAAUGUGGUAUAGUCUAGUAGAUGAGUUGAUGGAGAACACAGCUGAUGCCAGUAACCGACAGUAGUCAAAAGGCUUGGAGCCUCUCACUUAGAGCGGUCAUGGGAACCCAUUACAGGGCCAGAGAGAUGAUAAAGAUAGGGUGCCUCAGCUAGCUUAUUUCUUCAUGGAAUAAUUAAUUAUCAAACUUUCAUGGGAUGGAAAUCACUGCCGUAUUUCAGAGAUUAUGUCUCGUUAAAAUUCGGAGGUUGCUGAUGGUAAUCAGCGUGGCAAUUAUUAUUGCUGCUCUUUUUCAGUGUUUUGCGCUUCACUAUGGGAAAAGAUUGUUCCUCUCGUCGGCUAAUGAGGGUUCUAUAGUUAUGCUGAUCAGCAACGCCACUUUUUCAAAUAAUUCAAGACCAAGACCAAUCUAUGUAUCUAAUAUUAUAGCAAAUGCUACUUAUUCCUCCGAUUUGGCUGAGGAAGUUGGAGAAGAGAAUAAAACAAAAGCCACAAGUGUAGACAUUGAUUUGUCAUCAGAUAAGAAUGAACACAAUAAGCUCAUGGUGAAGACGGGUGUACUGCUUAGUAACAGUUGGACAAUGGGAAAUGACGCGAGUACAGGUGACAGUUCUACUCAAGCAACAGCUACAGAAAUUGAACAUGGGAGCUUUAAGCAACCUGAAAAUAUGAACAAAUUUGAAGCUGCUAUUGUGCCAGUGGUGUUACCAGGAAUUUCUGCUAAAGAUCGUGAAAUCAUGGAUGUAGAAUCAAGCACUUCUAGUUCAUCCUUCCCUGUUAAUGUUACUACAACAGACAUUGUAUCAAUAUUUAAAAAAAUACAGCCCAAAAGUGCUGUUUCGAUCACCUUGAACAAUAAGUCUCAAAGGGAUAGUAUUUCUACAUUGAAGAGGUGGAAGGCACAACCAACAUCAAUAUCCCAGAUGAAUUUGCUAUUACUUCAGAGUUUUUCUUCAUCUCAUAAUAUGAGGCCAAAGUGGUCUUCCGCGCGUGAUCGUGAACUUUUGUCUGCCAAACUAAAGAUAGAGAAUGCUCCUAUCGUAAGGAUUCCUCCUGGACUUUAUGCUUCUGCUUUUCGAAAUGUUUCCACUUUUCAAAGGAGUUAUUAGUUGAUGGAGCGGAAGCUCAAAGUUUACAUAUAUAAGGAAGGUGAAAAACCCAUAUUUCAUCAGUCUAAGAUGAGGGGAAUAUAUGCGUCUGAAGGAUGGUUUAUGAAACUGUUGGAGGGAAACAAAAAGUUCGUAGUGAGGGACCCUAGAAAAGCUCACUUGUUCUACUUGCCAUUUAGUCCGCAUAUGUUAAGGACUGAGCUAUUUGGACAAAAAUUUCAGAGUCAAAAGGACCUUGGAGUAUAUUUGAAGAACUACGUGGAUUUAGUUGCACAAAAGUAUAUUUUCUGGAACAGAACAGGAGGAGCAGAUCAUUUUCUUGUAGGCUGUCAUGACUGGGCCUCUCAAAUCACAAGGCAGCAUAUGAAGAAUUGUAUCAGAGUUCUUUGUAACGCCAAUGUUGGUAAAGGCUUCAAAAUAGGGAAGGAUACUACUCUGCCAGUCACAUACAUUCGGUCUGCUGAGAACCCUCUAAAAGAUCUUGGAGGAAGGCCUCCUUCUGAAAGGCCUAUUCUGGCCUUCUUUGCAGGAGGCAUGCACGGUUACCUGCGACCAAUCCUGCUGCAGUUCUGGGAGAACAAAGAAUCUGACAUGAAAAUCUUUGGCCCAAUGCCACGUGAUACUGAAGGGAAAUGGUUAUACAGAGAGUACAUGAAGAGCAGCAAGUAUUGCAUAUGUGCCAGAGGUUACGAAGUUCACACUCCUCGCAUAGUUGAGGCCAUCUUGUACGAGUGUGUCCCAGUCAUCAUAUCAGAUAGUUACGUACCUCCCUUUUUCGAGGUUUUGAACUGGGAAGCAUUUGCUGUGUUUGUGCAGGAGAAAGAUAUUCCUAAUUUGAGAAACAUUCUACUCUCAAUCCCAAAAGAGAAGUACUUUAUGCUGCAGUCAAGUGUUAAGAUGGUGCAACAACAUUUCCUCUGGCAUAAAAACCCUGUGAAGUAUGAUAUAUUCCAUAUGAUUCUUCACUCAGUUUGGUAUAACAGAAUCUUUCAAAUAAGAAGCAGGUGAAGAUGUAAACAAUUACUGGGUUUUGGUGCUGGGAAAGCUGAAAAAGUUGCAGAAAUCACACAACUGUAGGCAACUUUAUUAUCUGAUUCAACCAUUACAAGUUAUAGCGUUGGCAAUAAGCUAGACAGAUAUUGUUAAUGCAUGAAGCUUAAACACUAUUCGGGGAUUUUGCCUCUAACGAGAGCUGCAAAAUUCAAAUUUGAAAUCUUUUAAUCUUGGCGCUUAGUAAAAAGAUCAUCUAAACCAUAUA